GGACCCCCGGAGGAAAUGUACUCUGGGACCGUCUUCGGACGGUGUGGGAGUGCGGAGGCUGACAUGAACCGGCUCCAGGAUGACUAUGACUCCUACUCGGUUGAAGAGCCUAGCGAUGAGGAGCCGGCUUUGAGCAGUUCUGAAGAUGAAGUGGAUGUGUUUUUACAUGGAACUCCUGACCAAAAACCAAAACUCAUCAGAGAAUGUCUUACUGGAGAAAGUGAAUCUAGUGAAGAUGAAUUUGAAAAAGAAAUGGAAGCUGAAUUAAAUUCUACCGUAAAAACAAUGGAGGUCAAAUUAUCCUCCCUGGAAACAGGUUCGUCUUCAGGAAAUGGGAAAGUUGGAACAGUUUCCACAAAGUACUAUGAUGAUAUAUAUUUUGAUUCUGAUUCUGAGGAUGAAGACAAAAGAUACCAUGGUUUUGGAAUACAGAGGCCACGCCAACAACAACAGCCUGUUCCAAAUAGUGAUGCUGUCCUGAAUUGCCCUGCCUGUAUGACCACACUGUGUCUUGAUUGUCAAAGGCAUGUAUCAUACAAAACUCAGUAUAGAGCAAUGUUUGUGAUGAAUUGUUCUGUCAACAAAGAGGAGGUUCUAAGAUAUAAAAUCCCAGAGAACAGGAAGAAAAAGCGAGGCCAUAAGAAGAUGCAGGCUAACCAGGAAGAUGUUGCAAGGCAGGCAGAGACAGAAGUGGGAGAGAUCUAUCACCCCGUUAUGUGCAUCGAAUAUUCCACCGAAGUGGCCGUCUAUGACAAGGAUGAAGUCUUCCACUUUCUCAAUGUUUUGGCAAGCCAUUCCUAAAUAGCUAAGUUUGCAUUAAAGUGCCCAAUAGUGUAUAUAAGGCAAAUAUAACAGUUACUUUCCUCCUGCCUAUUUAUAUUAUUGUAAGUGACAUUCUGAGUGGAAGGAGUGUUUUAUUUUUGAAAGAGAAUGGUUACCAACCUUCACUUUUCCCCUUUCUUUAAAAAAUUUCCCCCCAGCUCUGUUGAGACUGAUUAUUCAUUCCCUUUUUGACGGACCUUGGAAACUUGGGGCUUUUCAUUUAUUAAAGCUCUUUAGAAUUAAAGUGUUCUGGAGUUGUAAG